ACGCACGUUCUUCUGCUGCUAGCCGCUGUCAUUUUCAUUGAUAAAAUUAGUUAGUUGUUCUAAGACCGAGUGAGGUGAUAAUAAAAUGAAAUAAAUAAUUAGAAUCCGAGAUGUGAUUGCCGCCGAUUAACAUCUCGCAAUCAUUCGGGUUCAGGUGCUAAUAAGUAAUCAAAACUAUGUGCGAAUGUGCAACGCAAUUGUAGCUGAAAGUGUUGAGUUGUUAGUUCCUCCAUAUUAUUUCGAUUAGAUCAGUGUGACAUUCGUGGACGGAAAGUGCUUGGAUUGAUUGAUUGGACGCGGAACGCGGGUUAACCAAUCCUAAUGUGGAUAACCUGACGCUGGCUGUAGGUAGAGGGUGUUGAUGAGAAACAAAAAGUUGCCCCGCUGGACAGACAACUCACUCGUGUGUUUGUGUGUGAAGGCUUAACCGGAAGCGAGAGAGAGAAUUCAACCCAGUAGUUUCCAGCGAGCUGCUCGAUCGAAGGUGCUGCUCCUCCGAUGAUGACGGUUUUCGAUGGCUAUACAUGCGGAACGUAAACGGCUUUCGUCACAGUCGAUCGUCAACGUGGAAGCUGAUCGUGCUCGAGGAAGCCUACGAUGCGUGGUGGUUUGUUUUUAAAAUAAAGUUUAAACAGUUGCAAGCCCACAGGAAAGACAAGAAACGUCUUCAUUGAUGAAACUGUGCUGUGAAAAAUAACAAAUUUUGCAAACGUGUUUCCGUUUUUUCGUCGAGUGAGUCUACCGACGACGCCGCCGUCGCUUCUUGGGAAAGGAGGAGAUUUUAUUUAUUAAAGUGAAAAGUAUAACCGCAAACAGUAGAUCGAGAAUCGUAAAUUAGAGCUGAAUCAAGUAGUGAUACGAAGGGGAAUUCAAGUCAAGUCUGCGCGCAUGAGAGGCGCUCCGGGCAACCAACCGUUCUAGUGCGAUGUGCCUACCCUCUGAAUUGGGUUCAAUAAAUCUUAAUUUAAAGUGAAACACGUUGAUUGUGUCCUAUCUCGUCAUAUUGUUGUACCUACAUACGGUCGCGGCAAAGCUCUGGAAUAAAUCCCGCAUGAUAGCGUAAAAUGGUUGACGGCUGAAUGCUGACAACAAGAAGCCAAAGUUAACUUUCAGUGUUGUGUUCGGAAAGUGAGUGCCACAUUUAGUGCUGUGUUCUGGAAGCGAUAACAAGCUCAAAAUGCUCAGUGCGUUGGCAUAUUGCGCGAAGCUAUGCUUCAACAUUUGAUUGUGUGUAAAGUUCGGCCACAAUCAGCUACUAUUAUGGAUUGUAUCAGGUCGAUCGAGUAUUACAUUAACGAUUAAUCGUUGGGAUUCGCCUGGCGUUUAGCGAUCGCGUUCAUAAUUCGCACCAGCCCGAGUUAGUGUCUAGAUCUGUCACAAAACGCUCCCGCAUCGAUCGGUACCAGGUAUUCAUGCUUCUUCCAUCAACAACCGCUGGAAGAGACGAAGCUACUAAAUUAUACACCACCUGGUAGUGCUAAUUGGCAUGAAUUGUUUGCUAAAAUAAUUGUUGAGAACACGGGCUUAGAGAAUCAAGUGCUAAUUAUCAGUCUGCGAUAACUCAGGUCUCUUGGAGAAGGAGAAAAACGACUACGAAAAUAGGAGCAUCAAACGUUUCGUCUGAAAAACUAGCCAACAUUAUCAAGGUGGAGUUGCUACUGAACAAAGUGCUCGAACAGUUGUCUUUAAAAUUUUGCGCCAUUAGUGUGCCUUAUGGAGACGGAUAUUAAGUGCUCGGAAUUUGUCGUUUUUAUGGUCAACAAAAUGCUGAUUAAUAUUGAGAAUAUUCUACUGCAAAGCCAUCGACAACGUGAAACUACCGGAAUUAAGAAGCUGUAUAAUUCCUUCUUCGUGCUGUUUUAACUGACUCGUC